GGCAACAUAUUAAAUAUGUUAUUAUAGUCUUUUACCUACAUACUAUGCCAAUUCAAACCCAUUUUAAAAGAGUUAAUUAUAGGGUCACCCCAUUCUAACCAUAGCCACGCCACUUUAAUUCAUUUUUCUGUUUUCUCUUCACACAUGUCUAAGUUUCAUUGCUAUAUGUAACAACUAAAAAAUCUUGUACAUUUUCAAGAGACAAAGCAUUUAAUCUCUCUCUCCCACCUAUACUCCUAGUAUAUACACAUAGACAUGGCUCUUCUUCAAACUACACCUUGAAACCAACAAAGUCGUGUGUUUGUCUCUAUGUUUGUUAGACACAAACACAAACACAGUGUUAUCUUCUUCAUUCUCCUCUGUUCUGUUAUGUUCUGUUUUGCAUGAAACAGAGUACUCUGUUUUAUAUUCUUUGUGAUGAGGUAUAUUCGGACAAAUAGCUUCAAGAGACUUUUCUCAUUCAAAAAACGUGGUUUAGGGGAACAAGAACUUAAUUCUAAAGGUGAAGAAAAAGAUAACAGCUUGAAGAUUCUUCCAUAUGAAGAAGAAUCUUGUGAAAGACCAACUUGGAAAUGUUUCUCAUAUGAAGAGUUGUUUGAUGCUACCAAUGGCUUUAUUUCAGAAAAUAUUGUUGGAAAAGGAGGGUAUGCAGAAGUUUACAAAGGAAUGUUGAAAAAUGGUGAAGAAAUUGCUGUGAAGAGAUUAACAAGAACUUCAAAAGAUGAAAGAAAAGAGAAAGAGUUUUUGACAGAGAUUGGUACAAUUGGACAUGUUCGUCAUUCCAAUGUAUUGUCUCUUCUAGGAUGUUGUAUUGACAAUGGACUUUACUUUGUUUUUGAACUAUCCACAACUGGUUCUGUUUCAUCUAUUCUUCAUGAUGAAAAGUUGGAUCCUUUAGAUUGGAAAACAAGACAUAAAAUAGUUCUUGGGACAGCGCGUGGACUUCACUACUUGCACAAAGGUUGUAAGAGGAGAAUAAUCCAUAGAGAUAUCAAGGCAUCAAACAUUUUAUUGACAAAAGAUUUUGAACCACAGAUAUCUGAUUUUGGACUAGCUAAAUGGCUUCCAUCUCAAUGGACUCAUCAUUCAAUUGCUCCAAUAGAAGGGACAUUUGGACAUUUGGCACCAGAAUACUACUUGCAUGGAGUGGUGGAUGAGAAAACAGAUGUUUUUGCCUUUGGUGUUUUCUUGCUAGAAGUCAUUUCUGGUAGGAAACCUGUUGAUGGGUCUCACCAAAGCUUACAUAGCUGGGCUAAACCAAUUUUGAACAAGGGUGAGAUAGAAGAGCUGGUAGAUGCAAGGCUUGAAGGAGCUUAUGAUGUAACACAGUUAAUGAGAUUUGCAUUUGCUGCCUCACUUUGUAUUAGGGCAUCUUCCACUUGGCGACCUACCAUGACUGAGAUAUUGGAAAUAAUGGAGGAGGGAGAGAUAGAUAAAGAGAAGUGGAAAAUGCCAGAGGAAGAAGAAGAACAAGAGGAAGAAUUUUGGGGUUUUGAGGAUCUAGAAUAUGAAUAUGACACUUCCUUUUCAAUGUCUUUAAUUGAUUCAAUUGAAAGUAAUUAGAAUUAGUACUUAGUAGGUAGUUUAUUUCAGUUACAUAAAUAUGUAUAUACAUGUAUGUCUUAAUUUUAUAUACAUAAAAAUAAAAAUUGAGGGUUCUGUUGUGAUACAGUUUUCCUCCUAUCUAAUCAAUCUCUAUAAUAAAGUUUUCUUAUUGUU